AUGAUUCCCAAUGAGGCCAUUGCCGCCCUUCUUACGCCAUGGCAAUUCAUGCUCGUAUCUUGUUCCUAUCUCCCUCAUGCCACAAUACAUCUUUACGAGACCAGUGGAUUCUCCUCCCUCUUCUCGUGGCAAAAACUCCAAAGCGCAUGGUUCAGCAAGUUCUGGGCCUGGGCUGGUCCACGCAUUCGAGAAAACGACGGGCCCCGAAUCACCGCACUACUCGAAGGACGUGUGACCGGCGCACAAGUAGUUGACAAAGUUGUGGGCGAGCCCAUCAGCGGUGUGGUGCUGGACGUGGGGCCGGGGCUGGGGUAUUGGGUUGAUCUCUACGCCCGCGCUGAUGUACCCAUCAACCAGUCAGGUGACAGCGUGAAACAGAGAGGUGGAAAUGGGAAGGGUAUCACGAAAGUGUACGGCGUCGAGCCGAAUACUGAAUCUCACGCUGCGCUGAGCCAGCGCGCCAAAGCGGCAGGGCUCGAUGGGGUGUACGAGAUCUUGUCCGUGGGCAUUGAAGACAUUGCGAAAGAGACUGCCGUUGAAAAAGGUAGUGUGGAUGCCAUAGUAAGCCUGUUGUGUCUGUGCAGUAUCCCAGAGCCUGAGAAAAAUAUCAUGGAGCUGUACGGCUACCUGAAGCCAGGCGGCAUAUGGUACUUCUUUGAGCACGUGGCCAUCAAGAAUUACUGGCCUAUGCAACUCUACCAGGCCUUCGUCAAUCUCUUCUGGCCACACGCUCUCGGCGGCUGCCAGCUCUGCAGGGACACAGGGAAGAUGCUGCGCGAAGCCGGAUCCUGGUCGAAAAUAGAUUUCAAGCAGCCACCGGAAGAAGCAUGGUAUCAGACCGUCCCUCAUAUCCUAGGGACCCUGACGAAGUGA